AUGUCUCCAAUCGCUCCUGUUCGUGUCAAUGCUGCAUUCCGUUCAUCUGUGAACAAUGAAGCCUACAUAUUCAUGAACAAUGGUCAGUAUGUAUUAUUGGAUUAUGCUCCAGGAACCACUGAUGACAAAAUUUUGAAUGGGCCAUAUCCUAUUUCUGUUGCUUUUCAAUCACUUAAAGGCACACCAUUUGGAGAACAUGGCAUAGAAUGCGCCUUUGACACUGAUCGCAACGAGGCCUACAUUUUCUCCGGAAACCUGUGUGCCUACAUAUACUAUGCUCCACAUUCCUCAGAUGACAAAAUACUCAGAGGUCCUAUGUCAAUCCCUGACAUGUUUCCUUGCUUGAAGGGUACAGUGUUCGAGAAAAGGAUCGAUGCUGCAUUCAGGUCAAGUGUGAGCAAUGAAGCUUACAUAUUCACAGGAGACCAAUACGCUCGUAUAAACUAUGCUUCUAUCAGCGUGAGUUACCCCAAAACCAUUAAAAAUGAGUGGCCUUGUUUGGCCGGCACGAUCUUUGAAAGCGGGAUUGAAGCUGCUUUUGCUUCUCAUAUCACCAAUGAAGCUUACCUCUUCAAAGGAGAGCAAUAUGCACGUAUCAAGUUUACUCCAGGCAAAAAUGAAGACUACCUCAUGGGUGGAGUCCGUCCUAUCCUUUCUUACUGGCCCGGUCUUGGUGGCCUCUUGGCAAGCAAGAAUAGUACCAAUUAAAAAUAAUGACUCAUAUAUGCAUGGUUAGAAUAAGGCAAAUGCUAAUUAAUCACUGUCCUCUCUUGGACAUGCAUUAAUUAGUUACAUAUAUAGCCAGGACCUUAAAGAAUAAAGUCAAUGAACACUUCCAUGUAGUACUUAUUAAUGUUUAAUUGCUUUAUGUUCCUCAAUAUGUAAUGAACACCUGCAAUAUGUGGAACCAGCACUCUCUCACACUUUCUCCCACUCCCCUGCACUGAUCUGGUACUUGAGCAUUAUCAUGCUUCAUUCAAUUACAGUAUGAGCACAUCAACUUAACCUUUUUAUGUGCAUCAUCAAGUAUACAAA